AUGCCAGGGCCUGUAGAGGCGCUGGGGCCUGUGCAGGCACAGGGCCUGUGCAUGUACCAGGGCCUCUGGAGGUGCCAGGGCUUUUGGAGGUGUUGGGCCAAGGAGGCUGUCCAUGAUACUCAGCUGCUGGAGGAGGCCAGAGAACAUGUAACAGUGGAGACACAAGAAGGCCCAUUGAGGGGUGAGCUGUUAGAAACAUACACUGGAAAUCCUAUGUUCAGGUUUCUAGGUAUUCCACAUGCAGAACCACCUGUUGGAGAUCUCCGAUUUCAGCCGCCCAUGAAGAAAGCUGCGUGGUCUGAGGUCCGGGAUGCCCUCAGUAUGGCGUCUCAUUGUCCGCAGCGCAAAAGUGGUUUACCAUCUGGUGACGAAGACUGCCUCUAUCUGAACGUAUAUGGCCCUGGAACACCAUCGCAGAGUGCUACAAAGAAGGCUGUUAUGGUGUGGAUUCAUGGUGGAUGUUUCACAGAAGGUAGUGGCGAGUCCGCGAAACCGAACUACUUUGUGGACAACGAUGUAAUAGUGGUCAGCAUAAACUAUCGUCUGGGACUGCUUGGUUUCUUAAGCACCGGUGAUGGAGUGGUUCCUGGGAACAUGGGCCUUAAGGACCAGACAGAGGCCCUUCGCUGGGUGCAGAGGAACAUAGCGGCGUUUGGUGGUGACCCAGACAAAGUCACUAUCUUCGGCCAGAGUGCUGGAGGAGCGUCUGUUCAUUACCACGUCCUGUCCUCUUCGAGCAAAGGUAUUUAA